GGGGCUUCCUGCAAAAUUUUCAGACCUUUCCCGAGUGUCUCUGCGCCGCCUCUCGCUCCCAGCUCCAUCGGCUCUCGGCCUCUCGCCGCGACCGACAGCCGGGCAGCCGGUGCUACGACGCCCCCGUCGUCCCGCUGCGCCCGACGACCGGCCAACGCUCCGCUAACCGCGUCCGAACCCAACAUCCAGCGCUCCGCCCCAGUCUCCCCUCCGUACUCGACGGCAGUCGUGUUGAAAUCCUAGCACCGCCACGGCCGCCACCGUCGACGCGACGAAUCUUCUGUUCUCGGCCGAGGGUUGCAGGUAGGCCGGACGGCAGGGGUGAUAUGCCGCACCGCGCGCGGCCGAUGACGGGGCUACUGAUGUUCAUGGGCUUGAACCUGGUGCUCGUCAACACCAUCUCCCCCGUCUACGACUUCGUCUGCUUCCUCCCCUACUGGGAACGCAGGAGGGAACGUCAUCGAAGGGAACGGGAAGCACUGCAAGUGAGAGGCUCUCUAGAAACUACUGAAUGAAUUCUCUUAUGUUUGGUGGGAGACAAAUCCACGCAAGUGAAGAUGAUGGUUCUGUUAACCAUGCUCUGACCCGUGAUUAUGAUGCAGAGGUGUCAAGGCUGGAACAAUUUGGGGAAGAGUUAGGAGAGUCCACAUAGGAAGUUUAAAUUGAUCAUUUGGGUUGCUUUCUUAUAUAACAUCAUAAAAGUAAAACUUUUCAUCAUUUUACCUCUUUCGUAUGCUGGAACUUUCGUUUGCCUGAUUAAUCUCAGCAAAAAUGAUCGUGGGGUAUUAGCCAUGGGCUGUACGUGGUGGUCUGUAAUUGUAAAUUAUAAAGACGGUCUAUUUCUCUUCCUACUUUCAAUGCUCGUGACAUUGUUAUAA